AUGACGUUUUUGUUAGAUUUGGUAAAAACUAAUAAGCUGAAGUGCUUCAUAAUUUUCCUUUCCUUCCUAGAACUGUUUGAGAAGAAGAACUAUGAGCUGAGAAUAGCAGGAGGUGCUGUGAGGGAUUUACUAAGUGGAAUGACACCACAAGAUAUCGAUUUUGCCACUACAGCUACACCAGCAGAGAUGAAGGAAAUGUUCACGUCUGCUGGUGUUCGUCUGAUCAAUAACAAAGGAGAAAAACAUGGAACCAUUACUGCCAGGCUCCAUGAACAGAAUUUUGAAAUUACUACUCUUAGAAUAGAUGUUGUCACCGAUGGACGACAUGCAGAGGUGGAAUUUACCACUGACUGGGAAAAGGAUGCUGAACGGCGGGAUCUGACUGUCAAUUCCAUGUUUUUAGGUUUGGAUGGGAUGCUGUAUGAUUUUUUUAAUGGAUAUGAAGACUUGAAAAACAAGAAAAUUAGAUUUGUAGGAAAGGCAAGUGAGAGAAUACAAGAAGAUUAUUUACGAAUCCUAAGAUAUUUCAGGUUUUAUGGAAAAAUCACAGAGAAACCUGGUGAUCAUGAACCUAGUACACUGCAAGCAAUUAAAGAAAAUGCCAAAGGUUUGGCUGGAAUAUCAGGAGAAAGGAUUUGGGUGGAACUGAAAAAAAUUCUUCUUGGAAACCAUGUAAAUCAUUUGGUUCGACUUAUGUGUGAGCUGGAUAUUGCCCAAUACAUAGGACUACCACUUGAUGGAGAUCUAGAGGAGUUUGACAGAGUCACUAAAAAUAUUCAAAAUCUGUGUCCAAAACCGAUGACUGUUCUGACAUCGUUGUUCAAAGGGAAGGAUGAUGUCACAAACCUUGAUCUGAGGCUAAAAAUCUCAAAAGAAGAAAAAAACCUUGGCCUUUUUUUAGUGAAGCACCGGCAGGAGUUAACAAAAGCUAUGGGUCCAGAACCACUUAGACCAUAUCAGGACUUUCUAAUGGAU